AUGGAUAACAACAAAUUACGUCCUAUCGGUCCCAUCGAUCCUAUCACCGACACCAAGUCUUACCAGAGGUUGUAUGUGUUUUCGGGAACAGCACCAGCCAGCCCACCGACACGUCACAUCAAGAAAUUCACCUUUGGACCUCACGGUGAAAUCAUCGAGGAAAACUUCGCUGCCCCCGCCAGCAUGGCGGUUGAUCCGUUCGAAGUGCGCAUGCGCUUCACCCAGCAGCUGCAGCAUCUGAGCGCCUCAGUCACCUCCUCCCAGAAGGCGGCUCAGUAUGCACUCAAGUACCGUGACUUGGAUGAGGACCUUCACUCGUGCAUUCUGGAACAGCUUGAGCGGAACAACAUGAACAGCCGGGCCAACAUUAUGUUCUUCAUCGAGCAACUCUGCGAGAUGGCCACCAAAGAGGACCACCUUGACUACGUUCGGAUGAUCCAGCGUGACAUUCUCCGCAUUGUGGAUGCCGUUGUGCCUUCUGAUGGAUCCGGUGCCGCCAACGUAAAGCAUGUUCGCCGCGUCUUGGGCAACCUGCAGAAUAAGGAAAUCCUCACCGCGGACAGCGUGACUGAGAUUGAUGCUGCCCUCAAAGACCGUGACACCCACUCAGAGCACUACGACAUCGGUGAAGAUGGGGCCCAGGAUGAGACUUGCCGUCCGGACAAGCGACAGAUCGAGCAGCGGAUCGAGGAAGACCGUGAGCGCAACAAACGCGAGAGAGAAAGCUUCUGGAUUGUGCCAGAGAAGGAUUCCGAAGAGUGGGGUGAUAUCCUGCACAAUGCCACUGACUACAACUCUGAUGAGUUCUCCGACAUUGAGGAGCAAGCCAUGGAGCACGCCCAGGCCUACGCCGGUGCGAUGCGCCUUUGA